AUGGCGACACCGGGUUACAUGCCCUCCCACUAUUUCAAGACAAUUGACCAUUUGGGAAAUAUCACAAAAUUCAACCUCAGCGGAAUUGUCGCAAAUAAUUCGAGUGGGAUUGCAAUAGGGGAAACAAUAAGGGAAGUGACAGGAGGGAUUCACAGUUUGGUUGAAGCGAGAAAGCAUGGCCAGUUUCUCCUUUUAUCGAUCGGGACAGGGAUAAGAGACUCGCUCGAUGAGAGCAUUCUCUGUCUCAUCAAAGCUCUUGACGCCAAAGUUUAUUACCUUCAGAUUCAGGAUGAUACUUUUUGUGGGGACCUAUCUUCCAUAGGCAAAGCCACCAAGGAGAAUUUGUUGGAUCUAGUGAAAGUUGGUGAAGAUUUGUUGCAAAAACCGGUUUUUAAGAGAAACCCAAGAAGUGACAGGCCGUAUUCUAAAGAGACCUAUGCCGAGGUUCUUGUAAGCUUUUGGAGAUACAUGUACUUCUCAUUGCAUCCGCGGCUUACAAAACAUAGAUUCAGCAGUCCAGCUAAAACUAUGAUAUCGUGCACAAUUGUAGUCUUGACCACGGAGGAAUAG